UGCAAGCGUAGUAAAGCAGGCAGGUCAAUAACAAUCGGGCAGGUAGGUACAGAGGGUCAGCAGAGAAUGGUCUGGUUCACAAGCCAGGGAUCAAACAGGAGAAGUCAGCAGAGGUCAGGAUCAAGCAAGGUCGACAGGAACAGGAACAGGAAUGCAGGUAACAGAUACAGGGGCCCAUGGAAAAAACACACACCAAGGCACAGACUGCAGUACUGGCCAUCCCUUAAAUACACCUCCAUAAUCAGCUUCAGGUGUUUGGCUGACUACAGGUUUGAGUCUCUGAUUGCUGAGAGCACCCGCUGGCCAGCCCUGGUACUGCAGUCCACAAGGCAGGUGAGUCCCACCAUUACUGGCAGGUCCAUUCCUGACAGGGGGUUCUGUGAG